UGUGUUCGAGAGGUUCGAAAACUCGCCAAGGUCGAUAACGGAUGGCAAUUCAGCGCGCUGCAUGCAAAGGCGGAGCAAAUCGAGUGCUUCCGCAUCGAGGAGAUGACAACGGAAAUCGAGGCAGAGGCACCUGUACUGUGGGGACUAUUCGAUGCUGUUUUAUCUGCGGGUCGUGUGAGGACAACAACGAGUACAGAGAGACAGGAUGUGUCCAAGGAAUGGGAGGCAGAGGAAUCUGAGUAUUGGUGUCAAGAAUUACCGGAAAUCAUGUAUCGCGAGCAGAACGGCUUGUCUUUCGUCGAGACGCAGUAAUAAAACUGGUAUGACAUAUGUCAUACCUCCCUUGAUCUGUACUGUCCAGUAUGCUUGGAAUAUUUCUACAUUCGACGCAUGCUCCCGAGAAAGUGAUUGAGACAAUGUCAAGGAUGGGUCUCUCGAUAUCCGUUGAUGCUAUACACGAUGCAAUUUGUGCACUGUCAGCGGAAUCCUGUCGCGCGCUGCAAUACCUGGGCGCGAGACUUCAGAACCAGAAUAGAUGAUCCACGCGUACCAUAACCUAAAAAUUCCACGAUGUAAACCUGAGGAAUUUCUUAGGUAUUUCUAUCAAAUAUUCCAUUUGUUUCACAGUCUGCUGAGCACGGCGUGGUCUGCCGCUGUGGCUGGCAAUUGUUUACAAGUGUUUUCUGCCAGCCGCUGUGGGGAGAGAGAGGAUUAAAGUUG